AGCUACUUGAGUUUGAGAACUAAGUUUGUUUGAUCAUCAAAGGAAAAAUAGUUACAAAGAUGUCGAGAUCAUUGUUGUCAUCGUCAUCCGAAAAGAUGAAGUUUCUAACAGCAUUGAUAGCUCUUCAGUUUUGUUAUGCAGGGUUUCAUAUUGUCACUAGAUUUGCAUUAGACAUGGGUGUUAGCAAAAUUGUUUACCCUGUCUACAGAAACAUUAUUGCUCUCGCUUUGUUAUCUCCCUUUGCUUAUUUUCUAGAAAAGAAGGAAAGACCACCAAUCACUUUUCAUUUCCUAGUCCAAUGCUUCCUGCUUGCAUUAUGCGGGAUUACUGCUAAUCAAGGAUUCUACAUACUGGGAUUAUAUUAUGCAUCACCAACAUUUGCAUCUGCAAUGCAAAACUCAGUUCCUGCAAUUACUUUUGUAAUGGCUGCAGCUCUAAGACUAGAGAGUGUUAGCAUAGCAAGAAGAGAUGGAAUAGCAAAGAUAUUGGGAACAAUAGCAAGUGUAGGAGGUGCCAUGGUCAUUACUUUAUACAAAGGACCUGCUCUUUUGCACUCAACAUUAUCACCAUUUACAACUUCAUCACCAAUUGAGAAUCAAAACAUAGUGGAUUUGUCAUAUCAGAAUAAGCAACAAAAUUGGACAUUGGGCUGCCUUUUCCUGGUUGGUCAUUGCUUCUCUUGGGCUGCUUGGAUGGUUUUUCAGGCUCCAGUACUGAAAAAGUAUCCAGCAAAACUUACAGUGACUUCAUUUACAUGUUUCUUUGGGUUGUUGCAAUUCUUGGUCAUAGCAGCUUUUGCUGAGACAGAUAUUGAAAAGUGGAAGUUUCAAUCUACUGGAGAGCUUCUAACCAUCCUUUAUGCUGGAGUGGUGGCAUCAGGACUGGUGCUUUCAAUUCAAACAUGGUGCAUUCAUAAAGGGGGACCUGUUUCUGUUGCUGUGUUCCAACCAUUACAGACAGUCUUAGUGGCUAUAAUGGCUGCCCUUGUACUUGGUGAUCAAUUAUAUUCUGGAGGGAUAAUUGGAGCAAUCUUCAUUAUGAUUGGUUUAUGGCUAGUUUUAUGGGGAAAGAAACAGGAGAAGAAAUGGGAGAAUAGUACUGACAAUGACAAUGAUAUAACAAAAACUCUUCUGGAUGAAGAAAGCAGGGGAAAGAUGGAGAAUACAACUGCAAUUUCAUGUGAAACUAAGUGAUGAAAUGUAUUUUCUCCGUCGUUUAAAAAUUGCUGCUUUCAGUCACUAAUUUGCGGGACAAAUUAACACCAUAGUCUCAAAGAAAAUGUAAAUGUAAAUGUUUGUUUUCUUUUGUGUUUAUAUAGUAUAGGGAAAUUCAUUUUAUUUGGUUAAUUACAAUGAAGCUCGUCAUGAAUGAAGUUUUUAGA